CCACCCCCUCCCCCCCAAAAAAAAAAUCAAGAAAAAAAAACGUGUAAAAUCUAGCGAUUUCCCUCAUCAUUUGGCACCAAAAUGAUUCGUUUUUCCAGCAUGCACUCGACACCAACACCUGAUCUCGGACUAAAUGAUAACCGAGGCUGUCCCAGUUCCUUGUCGAGGGUUCAGGCAAGCGGGCGCACCGGUUGGCGCUAACGAUAUCCUUUAAAAACAUGGCCUCAAUUGUGAAGACGUGGGGUUUCCUGAUUUAUUUAACCCUGGUGACUGCGGCCGUGCUGUUCAUCGCACACAAGAAAUUUACGGAGCCUAAGUUACACAGAAAAACGUAUAGCCUCGGAGAUCAAAACAGAUUGCCGAAGUGCCCCCUCCUCCCGUCUGGUUUAAUCGGCAGAACACCCGUGACCGAAGGGAUGACCGAAGCAGACGUCGAGAAGAACAUAACGAACGUGCGCCUUGGGGGGAGGUGGUGGCCAAAACACUGCAGCCCUAUUUGGAGUGUGGCCAUUAUCGUGCCUUAUCGGGACCGAGAAUCAAUGAUGGGUCCGUUCCUUAACAAUAUCCACCCAAUUCUUCAGCGCCAAUUGGUCAAUUACACCAUCUACAUCGUUGAACAAAUACCGGGGAAACGCUUCAACAAGGCGAAGGUGUUCAACGUGGGCUUCGCUCUCGCCCUCAAGUACGGGCCCCACGACUGCUACGCUUUCCAGGACAUCGACUGCCUAUCUGAAGACGACCACAACUUUUACUACUGCGCCGACCAGCCUCGCCACCUCGGGUCCUCAGUCUCCAGGUUUAACUAUACCGUCUUCGCCCAGCACAUCGGCUGCUCGUGCCUCAUGACGGAGUGGCAGGUGCGGAAGGUCAACGGAUGGAGCAACCGGUACUACGGCUGGGGGGCUGAAGACGACGACAUGUACCGACGAAUAAGGGCCGAGGGAAUGGAACUGUGGCGGUUUCCCAAGCAUUCAGCCGCCUACACGACGCUUGAACACCCUCAGGCUGCGGAGAACCCGGACAGGUUCGAACUCCUCAAGAGAUCUGUUCGAAACUAUAAAAAGGACGGCCUCAGUUCCCUCGAAUUCACACUUGUCAACAUAGAGAAGAAGCCACUGUAUACUAAAUACCACGUUGAUGUAUAAUGUAAAACAGAUUGUAUUGGUUAUGUAUUUAUUAUUUUGAAUUAGUUUUUGUUUUGAUUUUAUCACUGAUUUUUAAAAAAGAAGGGUUGAGGAAGGGAGAGAGAGAUAGGUAUACAAUAUUUAUGACUGAUAAUAACAGCUUAUUAUUUUAAUCAUUGCUAUUUUGUAUGUUGAUAUUGGUAAUAUUAUUAAUAAUGAUAAUGAUAAUAACAAU